UGUAUAACUGAUCAUCCGCGAAUGGAGCCUUUAUGCUUUAAUCAAUUUGUUUUGGAAGUAGCAUGGUUAGGCUACAAGCAGCAAUAUGGUGAAAAUGCUUUUAGUGAUAGACAAGAUGAGAGAUACCGACAUAUAGCUUAUAGAAAAUUCGUGCGAUGGUGCUGGGGUUACUUAGGAAAAGAUUUCAGAGUUGUUUUGCCAGCAUGUGUUGUCUGUUGUAUCCGUGCACAUUUUCCC